UACAAUACAGUCACAUUACCGUUCUGUAGAUCACGCAGUUGCUAAGUUCCAGACUGAGAUUUCUACCGUUUAUUUGUCGUAGAAAUACAAAAAACACUGAAGUAUUUUAUAUGGAAGAAUAUGGAGCAAAUGUUCAAGUUUAUCAAAAGACGAAAUUGGCUUGAAAGGUCUGCGUCGUCUGCUACUUGUACAGGUACUCGCCCCAAAGAUAAGAAGACGGCACCAUCACCACCUGUGAGAAAUGAAAGCGUUAGGUUACCAAUACGUAACGGAACCAUUACUUAUAAUAUCACACCAGUAGUUAGUCCCAGUCACGGAGGGGAUGACAGUGCCAUUGACGAACUGUUGGAAGGACGAAUGGAUCUUGAUGUCGUGCUGCCGGAUAACAAGAAAGUGAGCAUGACCGUAGAAAGGAGGACACCGAUGAUGGAUCUUCUGGUGAAAGUGGCGACACCUAAUAAAAUUAAACCAGGUGGUCACAUGAUCCAGGUACACGAUAAAGGACAUCGAUGCCUGUUCUACAAUCCAAGCACUCCCAUUGGUUCUCUGGACACAAAAACUGUGUAUAUUGUUCCCAAAAAGCAACAGACUGAGAGUAAAAAAUUAAAAUUUGAGCAAACCUUCCGACUGCAAAUUAGGCUACCCCACAACCAGCUAAUAGCAUAUCGAUUCAGCCUCAAGGAAACGUUGGGUGAGGUGAAACAAAAAGUUUGUAAAGAGAAAAAUCUAGACCCGUCGAUGUAUCACCUGGUCCAUCCAAACCAUCAAGACAAAAUCCUGGAUGCCAACAUGACUUUUGAGGAAUACAACUGUAAAGAAAUUUCACUUCUAUCAGCAAAAAGUAUUGACGCCAACUCGUCACAAGUAAUAACUUUAUAG